AAAAGAUAGUGGUUUGGAAAAGUUUGUUGGACCCAAUCUUGCAAGUAAAAGACAAAUCAAACUCUAACUAAUAAAUUGGCCAUUUCUCUCGUUCCAAACUAACACUACUUGUCAUUAAUUAUUUUCUCCCCAUACCAAAGCAAAGAAGAAGCUAAGAAGAAGAAUAAAAAUGGUAGCUAAAAACAGGCAUGAACUCCCUCCUGGUUUUAGGUUUCAUCCAACGGAUGAAGAACUAAUCAUGUUCUAUCUCCGCAACCAAACGACGUCGAAGCAUUGCCCGGGUUCCAUCAUACCCGAAGUCGAUGUUUACAAGUUCGAUCCCUGGGAAUUGCCUGAGAGAGCAGAAGUAGGGGAAAACGAAUGGUACUUUUUUACCCCUCGAGAUAGGAAGUACCCGAACGGUGUUCGGCCAAAUAGGGCAGCGGUUUCGGGUUAUUGGAAGGCCACGGGCACGGACAAGGCCAUCUAUAGCGGCUCGAAGUAUGUUGGCGUGAAGAAGGCUCUUGUGUUCUACCAAGGUAGGCCACCUAAGGGCACCAAGACCGAUUGGAUCAUGCACGAGUAUCGUCUUAUUAAUGAAUCAAAACCGCAACCGCCCAAGCAAGAUGGUCGGUCCAUGAGGUUGGAUGAUUGGGUGUUGUGUAGAAUAUACAAAAAGAAGAGGAUGGUGAACAAUGAUAAGGGUAUUGAGAUGAAAGUUGAGGUGGUGGAGACCCAAACCCAAGUUGUACCCAAUAGUGAGGUUGUGAACAAUAAUGUUAUUGCAAGUGGGGCACAAGGUUUGAUGCUUCCAAGGCCAUGUUCAUUGACACAUCUAUGGGAGUUGGAUUAUUACUAUGGCUCAUCAUCAUCAUCACCAUUUCCCCAACUCUUCAUGAAUGACAAUAGUUAUUCUCACCAUGCAGACUAUGACGACCAUGAAAUUCCAUGCAUGAGCAAUGGUGGAAAUGUCGCUUUUGCCCUUGGUCAAAGUCAAACUCUACAACAAUAUUAUAGUCAAGGUAGCAACAACAUCUCCAAUAAUAGUAAUCAGCCUAUGCAUGUUUGUGUGAACCAUGUCACAUUCCAAUAUUAGUCGCAACGAGGAAGAGUACGUUGUCAACGUGAAUUAUUGUUAUAUUGGAUUCACUUUAAUUUUGAUUUCUACAAAUGUAAAAUAUAUAUAAUGUACUGUAAAUUAUAUAGGUACUAUAAUUUUCUUUAGACUACGUCUGUAAAAUACAUGGAUGCAAUGUAUUAUAUGUUGUGAGAAAAUGCUAAAACAAUGAUGAGAAGUGUAGCUAUCCUCAAUUGAAUUGUGACUCCAUGUAUAAAGUGAUCACUCUUAU